UUUGCAAAGGCAAUUGCCAUAGCAUUCAUACGUUCAUUCGUUGUUGGUAUACGACGAUCUGUGUGUAUUGUGUUAUAUUUUCAAUAUAGCUGAAGCGACAAGCAUUGAAUCCACUAUAGAGCUAUAGCAAGCAAGCAAGCACACGGUAAACGGUUGGACUAUCAGCUCAGCCCAUACACAGUAUACAAGACUACGGCACAGUAAAAGCAAAGCAAGCGGCAGCGCAUUUGUUGGAGAUUAUACAAUUCACAACAAGCAAUUCAGCGCGAAGCAAAAAUAUAGGCGAGAUUGCCUGAAUAGCAUUGCAAAGUAGCAGAAGCAGCAACGCCAUAGCAGUCAGCUAUAGACGUCGUCGACUCUACAAUAUAAAAAUACAAUAUACAACGGCUAUACGGACCACGGGGCUACGACGUCGAUACUCGUGUGAGAAAUACGACGACGCAGCGGAAUACGACCAUAAGCGAUUGCAUAUGCGGAUAGCAGUGAAGUGUACAGUAGCGGCAGCGAACGCAGCAGCAGCAGAGCCAGCUAUAGAGGAGUAACGUAACGGCUGGUUAUACGAAACGACAUUAUACACAAUACAUGCUAUAGACCAGGGGCAAAGCUGUACCCACAGUAUAGUCAUAGUAACGAGCAUUGCUAUUACAGAAUCGGUGCAUAGAGCUAUCUUGAGCUACAAACUAUAGGCGAAACGAAACAGGCGUAUAGGGAAAACAAAAAAAAACAGCGCAUACCAACUGAGUAUCGUCGCAAUUUAUUAUAUGUGCGAAUGCUUGUUGGAAUUUGUGAGUAUUGAAACGUGCAGAGAGAGAGAGGGUGAGAGAGUGUAACUACGUGAAACAUUAUUGAAGGGAAGUAGAGUGUUGUAGAGGAAACUUUAAUAUAUCAUUUUUGUACGACGGGGCGAACGGGUGUACAAAGUAAAGCAAGUGAACAGUGAGUGCCUGUGGUUUUUCCUUUUUCGUCGCACAAAUUGUUGAGAAAACUAAAAGCAGAGACUCAUUUUAUAUGCGUAAAAACAAAUAAGUGGUUUUGUAUGUGAUUGCAUAAAGCGAAUUGGUGAAGUGUUUGUAAAAGAACUCUGUGAAGGAGUGAAAAAAGAGGGUCGUCGCGCGCGCGAAUAUUUCCCCUAAGCGAUCCCCCCCAUAUAAUAUAUAUCUAUCACGAGUGUUGUUAGUAGACGCACAACGAAAGUAGUGUGUGAGAGCGUACAAAGGAGUGAGAGGAGAGACAGAGACAUUUUUAUUCUUCGUGUGCUGUGCAAGCGGCAUUAGCAGCAUUCGAAUACAUUGUUGGUAUUGUAUAAUUUUAUAAUACGUGGAGUGGCGAACGGCGGCACAUUGUUGAACAACGCAACGUAAACGCCUAAAUAAAGUAUAGCCAUAGCAUUUGUGUAUAGAGCUAAAGCCUUAUUACAGCUAGCAGCAGCAACAUAGGAAACAGCGACAACAAUAACAACAACAACAGUAAUAAUAACGACUACAGCAGCAGCAGCAGCAGUAACAACAAUUAUAGUGACGCAGUAAAGCAGCAGCAGCAACAACACAACAUAUAGUUGCAGUAUGGAGCACUUUCAUCAGAUUCAGCAAACUCUUCAACACUAUCAGCAGCAGUUGGCUGCGCAGCAACAGCAGCAGGCAGUACAACAACAACAAUUACAGCAACAGCAGGCCCAUCAAGUGGUCGUGCAACAAAAUCAACAGCAAGCACAUCAAAAUAAUGCCAACACCACUUCUGGUGUAGGCACCCAACAGUUAUUUACCUAUAAAAUGGCCAGUAGCUUCCCAAAUCCAGCCACGACCAUGGCACAGGUGGUCGCUACCUCAAAUGCGGCCGGUUCAACCGGCUACGAUUAUCGUCUUAAUAUGGCACAAGCAGCUGCAGCGGCAGCGGUACCCGGUUCACAAUGGUGGUAUUCGGCUGCGAAUUCUGGACAAAUAGAUGCCAACACCGCCGCACAAUUACAGCAGCAGCAACAACAACAGCAGCAACAGGCACAGCAACAGCAGCAACAGCAACAACAACAGCAGCAGCAACAGCAAGCGGCUCAGCAACAGCAACAGCAGGCUCAACAGCAGCAACAGCAACAACAACAGCAGCAGCAGCAACAGCAACAACAGCUACAGCAGCAACAACAAAAUGCUACAGCGAGCACGAUGAUUCGUGGUGCUAAAGCUGAUGCGAAGCCCCGAGGCCGUAUGACAGCGUACGCUUACUUUGUGCAAACAUGCCGAGAGGAGCACAAGAAGAAGCAUCCCGAUGAGACAGUCAUCUUUGCCGAAUUCUCCCGAAAGUGCGCUGAGAGAUGGAAGACAAUGGUGGAUAAGGAGAAGAAGCGCUUCCAUGAGAUGGCCGAAAAAGAUAAGGCGCGAUAUGAGAUGGAGAUGCAAAAUUAUGUACCGCCCAAAGGAACGGUGGUAGGACGUGGCAAGAAGAGGAAAAUGAUUAAGGACCCGAACGCGCCGAAAAGAUCAUUAUCUGCAUUCUUUUGGUUUUGCAAUGAUGAACGUAACAAAGUUAAAGCUGCGAAUCCAGAGUAUGGUGUUGGCGAUAUAGCCAAGGAGCUCGGCCGUAAAUGGUCUGAUGUGGAACCAGAGGUUAAACAAAAGUACGAGUUAAUGGCUGAGAAGGACAAGGCGCGCUAUGAGCGGGAAAUGACCGAGUACAAAACUAGCGGGAAAAUACCGAUGUCCGCGCCUUCAAUGCAAGCACAGCAGGCUGCAGCGCAGAAAGCAGCGUUACUUGCUGCAAGUUCGCAGCAGCAUGAGGAGCAUGGAGACGAUGAUGGCGACGGCGAUGAUGAUGAAAAUCAAUAGAUUUAAGCAAAUACAAAAUAAACAAAGAAAAAGUAGAAGGAUGAGCAUAUAAGAUAAAAAAAAAACAAAAGAAAAAUAAACAAAAAAAGAAAGAAUUAACAAUUUUCCACUCAAAAAAGAAAAUGGAACUUAUAUAACGUAAUAUUUAAGUGAAUAAAACCAGAAAUAUUGAAUGAGACAUAGAAAUCAAGCAAAAAGUUACAAAUAUUAAAACAAUAAAACAGACGAGAAUUAAAACAAAAGUAAUGAAAUUUAACAGGGAGAUAGUACAUACAACUAUGUAAAAUACAAAACGUAGUAUAUAUGUAUGCCGCAAAUGAAAAAUCAAAGCUAAAAGUAGUUGUAACUCCAGCAAGCACUAUCAAGGAAAUCCAAGCCACAAUAUGCUAAAAAAGUAACAAUACUUUAAAUCAACACUGCUUUUAAAAAUCAUGGCGGCACAUACAACCGACACAAGUAGGUACAUCAUACAUUCAUUUGUUAUUAAAUUUUCAUUAAACCAUCAACCAACUGCAUACGGUUUUUUAAACAGUGAAGACUCCAAAUAAUCUACUCCCCAAAACAAAAAUUACUACUCAUUUUAAGUGUUGAAAUACACACAAGCGAUCAACAUAAUAGCAAAUAUUAGAAAAAAAAGAUACAACACAAAACAAGCAUGACUCACCAAUAAUAGUUAGUUGACAUCGUUUGAAGAGUAGAAAUAGCGGCAUCUUUGAAUAAUAAUGGCAAACAACUCAGAUACGAUUAUUUUAUAAUUAAAAAUAUUGUUUCGAUUAAUUUGAUUUAUUGUAACAUUAGCAAUAAAUGUUAGGAUUAAAGAGAGACACUCAUAGUUUAGGGGCAAAUAAGAAGAAAAAUAAAGAGAAAAUAUAAUGAAGAAGUCAAUAUAAAAGUGGCGUAUGCGCUUCACUUAAAAUGCCAACGCAAUAGGAUUUAUUAUUUUAUCAUCACACCGAUUAUUAUUGGCAGUUAUUAUUAUUAUUUUUCAAAACUAGCAUUUAAUGUUGAUAUAAAACGAAAUUACAAAAAAAAAAUAUAUAAAAACACAAACAAAAAAUAGAAAUUCCAAUUUUUCGUUGGUUUAGCGUGUAAAAACGAAAUACAUAUUUUAUAUUUACUAUUUCAAAAUCAUACAACAUAAACAUUUAAAGAAAUGUUUAGAAAAGGACAACUGAAAAUAAAAAAAUAUUUUGAAAUAUUUUUAUAAAUACAUAAGUGCGGUUGAAUUGCUGUAUGAAAACUAUGUACGAGUAUCUCGAAUGUGAAUAUAUUUUGAGGCGAUUAUUACAUACAUAUAUUACAUACUAUGUAUAACUGCUAGCCACAAUACAUGCAUAUAUGAAUAAGCAACAGUUAUAUAGUUGUAUACUACACUCAUACAGCAGCAAAAAAUACAAUAAGAAACAAUAUAUAAAAAUAAAUUUAUAUAAUGUACGAUAAGAUUUAGAAUAUACGUAUGGUGAAAACCCAAAAAAAACUAUGCAAUUUUUUUCACAAAUCACCUUUGGCAAUCGCUUGGGGUUUAAACAAUAUUACGGAUUCUUUCAGAAUUUAAUUUUUCGUUAAAUUUUUGAAAACAUGAAGACAAUAGUGUUUAUUUCAUAUUUUCCGAAAUAGUGUAUGACCAUUUUUGUGCAAGGUAAAGUUUAAUAUUUGAAAACUUAUUAAAUUUAAUCACUACAAUCGCGUUUUAUUCGCCGUAUGAUUACUAAACUUCACUCAGAAUAUUUUCAAAUUAAAAAAACGCACUUUCAAAUAAUUUAAGUUCAAAAUACCUUAUCUCUUUCCGGUAAGUUUAUGGAUAAACACUUCAAAAAAAUAAAAAGGGACAUCUGCAGGUAUCAAGAUAGUGUAAAUAUAUUAUCUAAAAUUAAUAUUAACAUGAAACUUAAGGGAAUAGUCGAAAAGACAUAUAUGAACGGAAGAUACAAGUUUUAAUUUGCAGAGAGCGGGUGGUAAACUUAUUGAUUAAUGUUUUGCGAAAACGGAAAAAAUUAACAAAGUUUUCGGAAAACACCUUUUAUUUGCAUUAAAUUCUAUGACACUAAAAACGUUCAAAAUUUAUUUUAGGACUGGACUGAAUGUUUAAAAUUUAUUUUUGUUGCUCAUAUAAAAAUGAAAUGAAAUAUAGAGUUGGGGAUGUUCGGUCAAGCAAAUAACAGCACCAAUAUUGCGACACUGUACUUUUUCUGCAGAUAGUGUAACAUUUUUUCGUCAAAUAUGACACCUUGCAGCAGUGACCGAGAGUCGAACAUCCCCUUUGUUGGCAAUCACUUUUGUUUGAAAUUCAGUUAAUAAAUGAUCAUAAAGCUUUAAUUUUGUAGUUAUAUUAUAAAUUUUAGAAAGUGAUAGAGAUGAAGUCAUCAUUUUGGGUAUAUUCAAGCAUUUAUUUGUUAAAAAUGUGCUGUGCUGUAAUUUUUUGUGCAAAAUACUAUACAUUUCGAUAAUUUAUGGCAACCAAUUUUUUUGUCGUCGUUAACAAUAAAUUACAAAAUGCAAAAUUAAUCUCUUUAUUAUCAUAUCUUUAAAUACAAAUUUUGUUUUGUUUAACUUUAGAUAAAACACAAAACUUAAAAAAUAAAUUAUUUGAAAUACACAAUUUUUCAGAAGUAUUUCUUAUGGUUAUUUGCAGGAGGAGGUAUUUGUUUGUUAUUGGUCAUGACGACAAGAAAUAAAUUUAAAACGCCAAAUUAAAAAGAAAAAAUUGCCACACAUUUGCACAUUUUAAUAAUGGUAGCUUUUACCGUACUAUGUUGUAUAACUUAUUUAUUGCUUUCGAUUUCUUUAUAAUCUUUUGUAUUUGUAAUUAUCACUAUUGGUUUUUUAAUGCUAAACAUUUCACAUUUUUGUUACUAUUUUUUCAAAAAUCAAAAUUUUUAUUGCUCUUUAUCUUAUUUUUUUUUUUAAUUUCUUAUUAAUGCCACCGCGUUCAUCUUCGGUUAGUUCGUGUACUACUCGUAUGUGUAUAUUACUAGUAUACCGAAACUCUUGUAUAUAUGUAUGUAUAUAAUUGUACAAUGCAUUAUACGUCGUAUGUAUGCAUUUUUCAUUCAAACCACAUAAAACAUAAAAAAAUAACGGAUAAAAUUAAAAAUUAUGUAAAAAAUGAAUAUGAAAUGCAAACUACUUCAGGCUCGACAGAUUCCUAUUAAAUUUAACGAUUAUAAAAAAUCAAAUGUCAAAGAAUUGCAGUAGAGGACAUACGUACAUAUACACUCACGUAAAUUUACUACAUAAUAUUAGGUAAUAUUAGUAAUAAAAACAACAAGAACUUUAAUUGAAAGUAAUCACAAAAACAAGCAAUGAUUUUUUGUACAUACAUAUGCAGAUCGAUUAGGAAUAAUGCGACCUCAAAGUUUUGGGAUUAUUCAUGUACAUAUGUACGUAUACAUACGCUUAUUCGAUUGCAGUUAUUGACAUAUGGAGUUGUCAGUUUUUUUUAUGUUUUCAAAUUUUUUGUCGUACAUUAUAUUAUAUUUAUAGUUAAACGCGUUUUCUUUAUCAACAAGGAUUAAGUAAACAGUUGAAUUUCGCAGCAGAGAAGAAGUCCGUGCAUGGUUGCUUUAUGCAUUUAACUCAAUUUUACUUUCGAAGAUUACUAAGAUGAGAUUUUAUUUUAUUCAUAUGUAUAUUUUUUAUGCCUCUAAAUUAGAUUUGCUCUCUCUCGAAAUCCUUGGCAAAUAAUGAACACCAAACUUUCACUACAAUAGAAAGCAAUAUACACAUACACACAUGCACACAAUCAACGUCUAAAGCGAAAUUUUAACAAAUUUCCAAAAUGCGACUUGCACCAGAUAUAAGGUGAAUAGUUACAAUAGCGCGUUGCAAAGACAGACUGAAAUAUCGGGGAGGGUUAUGAUAGGUAGUAAAGCUGAAUGAGCGUUGUUUGUGGCAGUUUAGCCGACACUAAUGCCUAUAUUUACAAACAUGCAUACUUAAUUGAAUAACACCAACCAACAAAUAUAUAAAUUUAAUAAAAUGAAAAAUAAGAAAACAA